AUGUUUUAUGAGCCCGGAAAGACAGAGCACAACCUCCCGCAUGACCCGUUCAAGGCUUGCGUGGUCCCCCGCCCGAUCGGAUGGAUCUCGACCAAGAACAACGAUGGCCAAGCCAACCUGGCCCCUUACUCGCAAUUUAACAACCUUACUUUCGACCCGCCAUAUGUUAUGUUUUCAUCGAACCAGACAGUAUCGGGCACACGCAAAGACACGGUGAUAAAUGCCGAACAAACGGGGCGAUUUGUUUGGAACCUCGCGACCUGGGAUCUGCGCGAAGCGGUCAACAUCUCCGCCGAGCAGGUCCCUUAUGGAGUGGACGAGUUCACACGGGCGGGGGUGAGCAAGGAGGCCGCACGCACGAUGGAUGUCCCCAUGGUGGCCGAAUCGCCGGUUAAGUUCGAAUGCGAGUAUCACUCAACCGUUCGCUUACCAGGCAAUCCGCCGAUGGGAACCGUCGAUGUGGUUAUUGGACGGGUAGUGGCCGUGCAUAUCCGGGACGAAGUUCUGACAGAUGGAUUGCUGGAUGUUCGCAAGACGCAGCCGAUCGCACGAUGUGGGUACUACCAAUAUGCGGUGGUGCGUGAGACAUUCGAGAUGGUAAUCCCAGGCAUGUCCGAGGAUGUACUCUACGGGCUAGAGGGGAGUGCACGAGGAAAUGCUAAUGCCAAUGCCCGUGCGGCCAAUGAAGGAAAGGCCGAAACUAACGAUAAUGCCAAUGCUCGGUUGAACCCGAGUGGAGCCCUUUGA